CUUCACCUGGCCCCAAACCUCAAUUCUGAUGUACCGUUUGACCACACACGAGUUCUGUCGCCCCGUGUGUCCCUUGACAAGAAACGGGCCUCUAACGAAAAGGGGUACCUAUUCUGGACCCGUACUUCCGAUUAUCUCCGACCCUUUCCGUCAAUCUGCAAUCAUUAUUCCAACUGUUCUUUCAUGUUGAACUCAAGAAUUUGUUCUUCCCUAUCAUUUCACUGCUUUUAGAUUUUCGGACUCAGAAUUGCUGUCUUCUCAGUUUAUUCUUCGAUCAAUCUCGUGGUACCUAAUCAGCUCUAGUCUAUAGGCUCAUCGCUCAGGCACAGUUCCGCCCUGGAUGGAGUACUUCGAUUUUGAUGGAGCCUCUUCCGGCCUUUUCUCCGAGAAAAGGAGGAGAAAUUGUGUUUCUGAAUAUCCAGAAAUGAAUGGCGUGGAUGUUGUAGCCGAUCUCAACCUUCUAACGCUAGAUCAAUUUUCAGACUGUAAAGACAGAACGCGCACCGGAGACCUGUCCGAGACAGUGAUUGAAAAACUGUCGGCGCCCGUUGCGUUGGACAGUCAUGACUCGAAUCAUAGGACGGGCAGUGCUCGCUUCUCACGGGAGACGGUCCGCAUUCUAAAAACAUGGUUUAAUGAACACAUUGAAUAUCCCUACCCAACGGAGGAAGAAAUGCGCGACCUGAAGCGACAAACAGGAUUGAAGUCAAUGCAAAUCCGCACCUGGUUUGCAAAUGCUAGGCGUCGUGACAAGGUCCGCUCCGCGCCUCCAUGCGGUCCCAGCCCUAGUCCAAUAGGUGCCAUCAAUAUUCCCGGCCAGCACAGUAUAUCACUGAUGACGCCCCUCGAGCGUUGGAAAUACUCGCCGCCUGAAAACGAACCUGCUGCAACCAUCAACAUUAUUCGGGCUUUAUCGGAACGGCCGUCCGAGUCCCACCCGAUAUUACCCCCUCAUACGAGUCAUUUGAGCUCGCAUUCUUCGGAACAUGGACUCACUGAAGACUCAAGCUGUGAUAUUUCGGGUGUUUUCCCUGCCCCAUCGGUGAGCAGUGUGGACACUGGAAGGUCGUCUACUUCCAACUUUUCUUCAAAAUCUGCAUUUUCGCACGGUUCAUCGGCGGGUAUGGGACCAGAGAAGCGAAAGGGCCGACGACGCCGACAACAUCGCAAACCCACCAAUUUUGCCAAUACGUUCGCCCAGAAUAAGACCCGAGCUUACCGUAGGUUUCAAUGUACAUUCUGUGCCGACUCCUUUUCCACCAAAUAUGACUGGCAACGGCAUGAGAAGUCAUUGCACCUUCCCCUUGAGACGUGGAAUUGCUCGCCCUUUGGAGGCAUCGUCCCGUUGAAUGGGAAGACUGUAUGCGCAUUUUGUCUGGUACCUGAUGCAGAUAACAACCAUCUACACUCUCACAACUACCUUUCCUGCCAGGAGAAGGACCCGCGUGAACGGACCUUUUACCGGAAAGAUCAUCUCAACCAGCAUUUGCGAUUCGUGCAUAAUGUCAAAUUUAAUCAUGCCUCUAUGGGGAGUUGGAAGAGUAGCAUAACUGACAUCAAAUCACGAUGUGGUUUUUGCGACGCCGGCUUAAGCACCUGGGAUGGGCGCGUCGCUCACCUUGCGGAACAUUUCAAAAACGGCGCAGACAUGCGCCAAUGGCAAGGGGAUUGGGGAUUUGAGCCCUCCGUGCAGAGUCGGGUCGCAAACGCCAUGCCACCAUAUUUGAACGGUCAAGAGCGAUUGACCAUGAACCCAUACACCGCUAAUGCCACGAAUGACCUUGAGUUGAGUAUGGAGUCUAAUCAGCCCAUGCUUCAAGAUCAAGAAGACGCCAACUCAUGGCGUCGUUUACAACAAGAACUCACUGCUUAUAUCAAGCGGCAAUUGGAGAUCGGUGUCAUCCCCACAGACGCCAUGAUGCAGGACCAUGCUCGCGUUGUCAUCUACGGCUGCGAUGAUCCAUGGAACCAGACUUGUGCGGACAAUCCUGUCUGGUUGAGCUUUUUGAAGCGAGACAAUGGACUGGAGGCUGUUCCAGACUCCGACUUUAUCCAGUUAGACAACCUUGGCAUGCAGCCUCCCUUCGCUCUCAACGGAGGUCUUCAACUGCCUCCUCUUGAGACCAAUACCACGGCGAGAACGAUCUACAGUCGUGAAUUACGGAAGCUUCACUCCUCAAACUGGGAAACCCAGGGCCUUACGUAUUCCAAUGUGCCUCAUCUAGCAGAUAAAAUUGCCAACAGUCACGCUAAUGCCAGUGACCAUGUGUCUGGGGCUUCUGUACCCAGCCUUUCGACGGAUUGGGGUACCAACCUCUCGACUGACUGCUCCUCAUCUUCCAUGUUUGGUGACCAAAUCACCUCCUCGUAUCGAGGUUGAUCCCACGCUCUCCAUACUUUCAUCUGCCGGGGCACUAUUCACGACAGCUGCACCUUUAAAGAGCGCUGUGGCGGCGGACAUAGGGCGCGAUUUCUGCUGGCAGAGAUCAUCGCCUGGUUGACGAAACUCACGAAAGUCCUGCGUAUUUAUGAGUUACGACAUGUGAAAUGAGAAUUAGAUAUAGAAACAAUGAAAGAAACUGAAGAUUCUCUCGGUGCGCCUGCUUGGCUGCUGUCCGUUUGGUCGUAAUACCCGCGAGGGGCCAUUACCUGUUCUACCAUGAUUAUUCAAAUUCAAUAUGCUCAAUCUGAACACAGGUAGAGCUAAAUGUAC